UGAGAUACGUCAAAAACGUAGGCCAUUCAAUCUAACGUUACUGCUUAUGUCAGUCAGAGCACCGUCGCUGGACGUUUUAUUAUUUUUCGUGGAUAUCCCACCCGUACACCAUCACCUCUUCUAUUAAGGGAAGAGUGUGACGGCUGCAGUCAUGGUGAAGCUGGACCUGGGAAGCGUCGUUCUUCGAAGGAUGAGGCUAGAUGACAUAGAGGCAGUCAAAGCUUUGAUAAAGGAUGGUUGUGAGGGCACGGAGAACCGCCUGCUCCUGCACCUCCUGACUCGUCCCCUGGCACUCUUUACGUUGGCUAUCCUCUCCUCCAUACUGCGCUGCAUUAUGCAUUCCUUCAUCUUGGCCCUGGUCAUCCCUGUCUUCGUCGCCAUCGUCUACCUCAAGCUCACAUUGCCACGCUCCACUGGGAUCCUGGGCGCACGCAGGCCGUACUGGGACUACGUGGGCAGCACCUACCGGGCGGAGAGAGACUCGGAACUGGAGAACCCUUACACGAGGAUGGCCAAGCCCGUAGGGGGCAAAGUCAAAACCCAAGAGAGGGCCAAGCGGAGAAAGAAGGAGGAAAAAGGCAACGAGGGAGAGAAGCACGACAUGGAGGAUCUGCAGGACAGAGCGCGUGUUGCCGGGGAGGUGUGGGUGGCAGACUGUGACGGGGAAGUCAUCGCCUCGUUGUCCAGGGAGCCAGUGCACCGGUCGGGGGUGACCCGCAUGUGCAGGCUGGUGGUGCAGAGCUGGUACCGAAAGGAAGGUGUGGGCAGCCUGCUGGUGCAGUGUCUGGCCAACCGGGAGAAGGAGAGGGGCUCCAGGAGGGUCUACGCCCACGUGCCCUUCCCCUCCCGCAUCGGGGAGGUCUUCUUCAGGAAGGUGGGCUUCCGGCUGCAGGGCGAGGUGGCCGACGGGGAGGAAGAGAAGACUAAAGACUUUGAGGAGCCUCAGAGAGGGUGGCUGGGAUACCCUGUCACUAAAGUGUUCGUGAAAGACCUGUGAGGAGGAUCGGCAGGAGCUUCCAGAGAUACAGGGCAGCUGCGCCCGUCUCUAUUCCUUACAUCUUCACCUUCUCUUUGAAGAGCAAAUAAAACAACCUAAGAGGCUAGGCUGAAAUUGUUCUUGUAAAGCAGUGGGUAGGUUGCCUAUAGUGUUGUUUUACGCUCAGUUGAAAGGGAAGCCUUAUGGAAAGUAGCCCUGAAGGCCAGUGUUGAGGUGCUCCCAUUUCAUGGGAAAAACAACAUAAGAGGAGAGACAAAGAAGAAGGGAUGAGAGAAAGUAAUUAAAAGGAGGAAGGAAGGAGCCAAAUGCAGACAAGACAAUCAACCCUAAAGGCCAUGCUCCAUUUAAUGCCACCACUACAAACACACACACAUACACACGUGAGCUUGGAAUUUUGGCCAUACUGCUGCUAAUGGUAACCAUGGAGAAUUAUUCCUGUUGUGUGCAUGUGUGGUUCUGCAACCUUUUCUAAUGCAGCACGUCCUCAUGGCUGAAAUGUUAAGCCUGCAAGACUAUGGUUAUACUCACAUAAUGAAGUUGAAAAUUAGCAACGGGCUGGGCUUAUUAUUUUUUAUUUAUUCAAUUAUUUAUCAUUUUGUAAGACUGGUGUUAUUUAAGUGUGAUGUGUAGUUAUUCAUUGUUUGCCUAAAUAUCUGAACUUAAUGUGUAACACUGGAAAAGACAUUAUGUUUUAUUUGUUUUUGUUUUUUAAAGUGGCAAAAUAAAUAUUUUUGUCAAA